AUGGCCUCCGCCAAGCAGAUUGUUGCGCUGGCGGAGACUUUGGCGCGUGAUUCUGGCAUGGCUACUAAUGGGAGCUCCCCAGAAACCAGCGCGGUGCUAUCUGAGUCCGCCGCUGCUCUCGGGAUGGUGACAACAAAAGACAUGCUCAGUUCCGGAUCUGAAAGUCUAUAUUUAUCAGAACUUGCACGUGAUCUGGCUGAGUAUCUCACUGAUGACCGAAAAGGUAUUUUGCAGCGGGAAGGUGGGAUUAUGAGUCUAAUUGAUCUCUGGGCUCUCUUCAAUCGAUCCCGUAAUGGAGUAGAAUUAGCCAGUCCUUCGGAUUUCCAGAAAGCAGCGGAGCUGUGGGAAAAGCUCAAGUUGCCAGUUCGUCUACGACGAUUUAAAAGUGGUCUUCUUGUGGUGCAGCGAUAUGACUGGAGCGAUGAGAAGACCAUCGAGAAAUUCCAGGCCUGGAUGGAGGAGCUCCGGCGGGUUCCUCCGGACGAUCCUGUUCCUUGGGAUUGGUCUCUUUUCGGUCGGGCCGUUACUGCUCAGGAAGCUGCGCAUCGGUUCAAAUGGAGUGUUGGGGUUGCUGCCGAAGAGCUGGAGAUGGCUGAAGAUAGGGGGGUUCUCUGUCGAGAAGAAGGAAUUGAGGGUUUGCGCUUUUGGCGCAAUUUCAUCUCAUCCCGUGAAUGUAAAUACAACGUUGCAUACACUCCUGUUGAAAUGACGGGGCUGUGA